UUGCACGAGAGCAACUCCUGAGACUCAGGAUGCAUCGCAUGAUGGCAUUCAAACGGGUCUGUCCAAUUGGAAGUGUCUCGAUCGAUGCAUGAAACUGGCCACCCAAGUGAGCAUCAAGGUGCUUUGCUUCGUGCACAGUCCCAGAUUGCCUGUUCAACAUUGUCGUGUACAGGUAGAAAUGAGAGACACAUUCGCAAAAAAGCAGAGACACCACACCAUUGGACAUUUGUCUUGGCCAUGGCAGACCUUAUCGGGAGCACAGAGGAUCACCGUCACCCAGGCGAAUGGGAAGCAGUGAUCAUCGGCUUAGGCGUCGGGCUGGCAGAGUCGGACCCUUUCUCCAAGACUCCGGUGGAAGAUGCCAAACGCUUGGCUGACACGGUGCGGACGUGUCGGUUUUGCCACGAUCCCAUCGUGGUGCUGGACGACGAGCGUUUACGACGUAGCAAAGGUGAUAUUCAGAAGGCACUCGCAGAUGCGGUGCAGAAGUUGGAAGAGGGAGGCAAAAGCAAGCUGCUUGUGUAUUACGGAGGGCAUGGGUUUCGAGACACGGCUUUGGACCUGCAGUUCACAGUUAUACUGCCCAAAGGUCAACAGCAACCUGAAGAGCUGGUCAUUCUCGAAAAGAUGGUUGUUGGCACAGUUGCUGCUUGUCAAUCCAAGCCUAUACACAUUUUAGUGAUCAGUGCGGCGUGUGGCAGCUAUGUGAUCGACGAUGACGAUGCAAUCAGCAGGCAAUACAUUACUGAGGCUGGCUGGCCUCCGUCGUUAGAUCCGCACAAGCACUUGUUUGUCUUCUGCCAGGCCUGUCCUUUAGACGAGGUCAUGGAAGACACUUGCCUUUUUGCGGAGAGCCUUUGCUUCCUCUUGGAGUUUCAGUUUGAAUUUGUGAGUGAUUUGCUGAGCAGGUUGGCCCAUGAGGCCAGCUCUGUGACUCUUGGAGACCUAGAGCCAUACUUUCUGUGCCUUCCUCAGCCUAGAGGCAGAUCCAGCUGUCACAUGAUCUAUCUUUUUCAAAGUGGAGAGCCGGUGAGAGGGUUGCAUGUGCUCGAACAGGAUCUCUCAGUCAUGGACUCUGCGGGUUUGUUCAAGCUGCCCGUGCAACGACUGGCCCAUGAUGCAAUACGUGACAGGGGUCAAGCAUAUGUUGAGGUAAGGGCACGGGUCUUUGACAUUGUGAAGGCAUUUAAGUUCGACCAAUGGGCCACUUUUGAAGGCUGGCUACAGCUCUUGACGCUGUCAUCUUUGGAAGCAGUGCUGCUAUGUUUCAAUAGCACGCCACUCAAGUGUGACGAGUCUGCGGUAGCAGAGUUUCAACAGAUGCGCCAUCUCCCCCAAACAUUUCUGAGGCAGGUCUUUGAAGCGUGCAAGCAAAUCGGAGGGUUUGAUACAUUCGCCGUCCGCAGAAUGCUUGACGGGUGCGGAAGAUACUACAAAGACGGCACACCACAAGUGCCCGAGGAAGAGCUGAAGCAACUUUGUGAAGAUGCACAGCGAAGAGCAGGCAAACAUGAUCUCCCUUCGACACAGAGCACGCAAACGCUGCGAGAGGAAGAGCUUGAACAGCCUUCCGAUGAUUUGCAGCAAGAAGAGGAAGAAGGCCGAGUGGUGGAGGGGCAGCUGGACAUGUCCGAUGAAAGCCGUACUACUAGUACUGGCAGUAGGUAUCGAUAUCGCGAGGAACACUGGUUUUCCUGCAACACUCCUUCCUUACCCGAGUCCGAGGCUCAGAGACUGGCCAGCUGGAUUUAUGAGGGCUGCAUCGCACUCAAAAUGGAUUGCCGCGUGCUGGUUGCCAAAAGCAGUGCUAUUGUCGUACUGCUGGUUCGAGACCUGCUGUCCCGGCAGAAGCGAGCCCACAUCGCAAAGCUGUUUGAUCAGUUCGUACAGGAUAGGAAGCAGAAGUCAUUUUCUUGGAUUUUUGCCCAGAAGCCACAGGAGCAGUCACCUCUCCUUGUUCCUCCAGGAUUGCGGCAGGUUGUUCACCUUGUCCGCUUCAUUAGUGCUGAUGAGCUACCACCAACUUUGCUGUUGAAUGUCCGCGGGGUCAGACCACUUGUGCUGGAUUGGCUCAAGAAGAAUGGUGAAGAUCUCAAGGAGUGGCAGUUGCGAAUGGUUUCUUGGGGCAGGGACCUUUGUGAUGAUCACUGGGUACAGCAAACCAAAGGCCUACAGAUCUUACUUUGUCAAGAUUGGACGCAGUGGGACGAUUCUUCCAUGGUGAAGGCUGUGAAGCGACUAGCAUCGCGACUGCCAAAGAGAUCCAGAGACUGCGAAUUUAUAGAGUGGCGCAUGUGUGCAGCACUGGCGUAUUUGUGCCAAGCCAUGACUGUUGUAGGUGAUGUGCCGGCAGCGACCAUUGGACAGGUGUUGGAGAAUUCAACAACUGUUUCCCCUUCAGCGUUGGAGAGAUCAUUGUUCGAUGCGUUUUUGCUAAAGUGCCGCUCCCCGGUUUCCAAGAAAGCCAGAGAUGCCUUUGAAACUCAGGAGUUGAGCCUGGAGGACGAGAAGGUAAGCAUUGUGCAGAUGUCCAAGAUCCGCGAGCUGGAGCAACCUCAGCACCAGGCGAUCAAACAGAAAGGAAUCAGUGAUGCCCCAGGCCCAAUUAUUAGUCCCUCAUCCCGUGACCUGGAAGAUCGUCGCUGUGGACCUCAUUUGGAAGAACGUGCUGGAGGUGCUGGAUGGGAGCAGAUCACAAGGUACAUGCCUGCAAAGAAAGUACAGGAACCUCGCAUGGCUGAUUUCAGACGAUUUGCUCAGCUGCAAGAAAUGCUCAGAGUCAGUUGCACCUGCGUGAGGGAAUUCACCCGGCGCCGAUUUGAUGCCUUGGCCAAAGAGGCCCCAGACUUGGCUGACGACUGCAAGGAACUUAAGGAACUCCAGGCUUCCAACAGUUUGUUGGACCUGGGCCGCCAUGUCCAUGGCAUUGAAUCAUUGGUCCAAAGAAUUGAGACCAAAGAGAAGCUGAGAAUUAUUUUCAUUGGGCCUUUGAAGGCAGGGAAAAGCUCCCUCAUCAACCUGCUCCUUUCCUCCUCCUUGCCCAACUUUGAGAUGCUGCUUCCGGUGGAUAACAAGGCUGCUACCAACUGCAUUUGGAAGGUCGAGUCGAGCCCGGAACGACGUGGGUGUGUAUUUUGGAAUGACGUACUGCAGAAAGAGUGGCUUUUGGACGACCUACACCCAGAAGUGCUACGGACUGACAUGGCUCACUUCUUGGAGGAGAAGUUUGCAAGGGAGGCCAAUCCUUCGGGACAUGGAGAGAUUUGCAUCCAAGUUCCCUUGGACGUAUUCAACCCAUUUGGUUGCCAUUACAGCCUGGUCGACACUCCUGGGUUUACUGAAAGCGAGGAAUAUCGAAGACUUGUGCAGAGGUUUCUGCAAGACCAUUCGCACAUUGCGUGCAUGGUGUGCCCUUUGACUGAAGGUACAGCGGUGCCAGAACGCACACAAAAGAUGCUGGAACUCAACUCCUACAGCAAGACCUUCUGGGUUCUCACACGCUAUGAUUUGGCAAUGACCUUGAAGCCCGGAAAGAAAUUCAAGGGCAUGACCAAACGGCAAGCAGCCGAUGGUUUGGUGAGCCAGUUCCGGCGCGAGAUUGGGAGCUCCUUGGCGCGCGUCUUUGUGCAUGCUGGUGGGCUACUCCAAGAUCCAGAUGACGAGGCCAAUGAAGUUCUCCAAAAGCAUUUGCCCUUGGAUGAGGCCCAGAGCUGGCUUAGAGACAUCCAAAACUACGUGAAGGAAAUCUUCAUGCUUCAACAGCAAGAGCAAAUGGUGCUCGGCAGCCAGUCGCGGACCGCCAUGCACCGAAUGGCAGAGCUCACGGACGAGUACCGGAAGCGGUUGAACUCCUCCCAAGGAAGUGUUGCUGCCAGUGAUUACUACGCUCAGGAGAUGCAGGCAGCUGUGGAAGAUGCGGCGGCUGAUUUGGAGCGUGAAGUUCGGCAGGAAAUUGAGACCGUUCGCACAGAUAUCCUGCAAGAGCUUUGCAAGAGAACAGGUGACGAGGUGAAUGAGGAGGGCGGCCCAGGCAAGUGGAUUCGGCACAAAUACAUUGAGAAGCUCCUCUCAAAGCUAGUCCCAAAGAUUGAAACGGAGAUGCAGACAAGGUUGGACAGCGCAAUGAUGCGUGCCCAAGAGAAGACUUUCAAGGUGGCCAUGCGUUUGCUGAAGGAAGCUGGGCUCGAUGCUUCACGGGCUGGGGGCACCACAAGUCACAGUGAAGUGAUGACUCCUGGAACUGAUCAUUUGCGAGGAAGGUAUCCAGUGGAGUCCGUGGCAAUGCUGACAGUCACGGCUUUGUCAAUGGGUCCACUCGCCGCAACGCAAGCCGGUGUCGCGGCCCUGGGUUCAUUGGGUUUGACAGCAAGUCCACUACUCCUCGGAGGCGUUGUUGGAGCCGCCGUCGCGGGAAUCGCAUUGCUGGGGUUCGGUGCCAAAUAUGCACUGGAAGCCCAUCCCUUUUGGACUCGUGACACUGCCAACAAAGAGGUCGUUGCUGAGAUUCAGCGCACAAAUCAUUGGGGGAUCCUAUCCCAGGUAGCCUCUGCUCGUGGGAAGUCUCAGCUUCUCUCCAACGCCGCUCGAUUUCGCUACAAGUUCAGUGAGCUCCUUUUGAGCAAUGGAGCUUCCACAGAGGUCUUAAGGAGCUUGUUUCCUGAUUUGAGCCUCUUGGAGAAGGUGAAAGCCAAGCUGUACUUCUGUUGUCGUGACAUUGAGGAGUUUUUGGAGGCUGAAGCCUUGGGUGAGCGGGCCUACAGAGACCUCUCCUCGUGCAGUCUCAAGAUCGUUCAGCGUGACUGGCUGAGCAUCGUGGAUCAAACGUCUGCAUAUGUGGAGGAGAACGUGCGAACUGAUGCGGUACAGGGAGGCAUUCUGGCAAGCCUUUUUGCACUUCGCACGGAGGCGUUAGUAAGGAGCCGAAUGCUGCGAGAAGCACGACACACAGUCACGAUUUUUCGAAGGCUUUUCCCCGAUCUUAUUCUGGCCUUGGUCUACGACGUCUCUGUGGAUAUUUUGUUGCGCUUCCUUGAGGGCAAAGAUGCGCAAGUGCUGGUUUCUCGUGCAAGCUUUUGCAACGCAUGUUUAAAGCAACAAGAUCCGAAGACUCCGGAAGUGCCCCUAGUGGUGCAAAUCUGGUACUUGUGUGUUGUCGCGUCAUUUGUUCCAAUAGCUGGUGAAAGCAAAGGAAAACUCGAUGUGAGCACGAUGGACAUGCUUCUGGACACUGUAGGGCUUUUUGUGGACGUGCACGUGCAGGACCAGCCAGACUGGAACUCUCACCUUGCCAUUUUCAACACCAAAGAGCAGACAGAAGAAGUGGAGAAACAGCAGGAGAUGUGGCACCUUUAUUUAACUUCAUGUGAGAGGUUUGUCGAGCACCUUCUUGAAUCUGUGUGUGAGUUGCUGGAAGCGCUUCCAGCACAUGACAUGGACUUGAACAUCGUUGGGCAGCCGAUUCUGGACAAGCUGCUUGCGCAGAUUCGAUCUCGUUGCAGCCCAGAGGUAUCUGGCCCCUUCCUGGACAAACUCGCCUGCCUCAAGAGUGACAUAGGGGAUUGGGCGCCAUUGGUUGGAACGAUGCAUCCAUUUGAACCAUCAAAGCAAGGGAGUGAUAUCGAGUGACUUCCAGAUGCUUUGAAUUUGCUGCGAGAUUCCAAUUGUGCUCCUGACCGUAGCAGCAAUGUGUGUGAAGAGCAUGCAUCCAGAAGUACAACCUCAAAUCCUAUGACGGAGCUCUCUGCCCAAGCCCAGAAGAGAGGAGGCAAGUGAGCGCGCAGAACAAAGAACAGAAGAAGAGAGCCAAAUUUGUGGACAGCGGCAGAGGGACAAUAAUUUCCCACCCGAUUGUACAAUGGGCCAAAGCGUUCCCAUGCAAGAUCACUCGAUUUGCAGCUUGCCUUUUAAAAUUCCCGACAGAUUGCUUUGCAUCAGAUAGCGUGAGUCAACACCAUGGCAAUACAGUGGCCUGCGC